AUGUUUCGGGACCGCACAGUCUGGUUUCUGCAGCAUGACAUCCCAGCGGCACUCAUGCCUGGUGGACAACCUCUGCGUGAGAUCGGUUUCGAGUCCCCGGUGCGUGCACCCGCGAACGCCGUAUCGACACCGUCGGGGGCGCAGGCAGCGGCCGCGGCCUCACCGCCCGUCCGCACGCUGACGGAAGGCAUUCUUAUUAUUUAUAGUUUAGCGCCGACGGCUUCUGUGCAAGCAUGGAUGAAGGUGACGCGCCAUGCCCUCUGCUCACGUGCCCCGAACAUAAGCGUUGCUGCAGAGUUUGACGCCUCUAACAGCCCAGUGAAGGAUGGCCGUCUGGUCUUCGGCUUCCCCGUCACGCCUACAUCAUUCGAGUUGGCUUUUAGUGAGAAGAUUUCGAUGAAUACACUGCUGGCGACGCCUAUUCAGUCGCUUUUGCAGCCGAAAUGCAGAUCCGAUGCUCGCCACGUGCCUUAUCUGAGACGGUGGGCAGCCUGGUGGCCGCCCGCUUAG